CUAUUACUUGCUUACAAACUACAAAGUGUAUUUUUAUAUUUUGUUAGUUACUGUGGUCAAUUGGAAAGCACAGAGCGCUUUUCUAGUAUGUUUUGACGACCUAUUUGCGUGUCUAUCAUUAUUAUUCUUUUUAACUUCUGAGUUGGAAGUACAUAUCUCAUAUGUUCAUUGUGAGUUUCAAAAUUACUGGAAAUGGAUUCUUCUUCCAUCGUUAGCUUCAACAAUGACUCUACUUAUCAGUGCACAGCAAAGGGAGAUUACAACAAUUUUAGUGUUCAUGAAUUAGCUCUACAUGCUAUGCGAGAUAGGUGCUUGCUUCUUCAAAAACGAAUAAAUUCACUUGAGAGUGAUAAUAUGAAGUUAAGACUAGACCUUACUAAGAUUGAAGAUCAUUCAACUUAUAUUCCUUUGCAGGAUAAUGAAAAAUUUACUCUGCAACAAAAAAUUGCAGAACUUACAAAACAAAAAUCUCAACUACUGCACCAUGUAUUUAUGGUUGCUUGUGAAAAUAAGAAUUUGUGGACUAAAGUAGCUAGUAUAAGAUCUACCGAAAGAAAACAUAAGGAACUCACAAAGCAACCUUUAAUACGAACAAAUACUUAUAUUCAUAGCACACCAAAACUUGUGAGCCAAGAAAAGUGUUACGAACCAAGUUUGGAAGAGAUUUCAUUAAAAUUAAUAAAUAGCUAUAUACAAGAAAAGUCACAGUUAGUUGAGCAGUAUGAACAAAUGGUGGAGUUACAAGAGAUGGAUGAGAAGUUUGAUAUUUUGAAUGCUGACUCUAUUGGAUUUACAUAUAUGGAAGAUCCGGUUACUGAUUCAUUAAAAGAAAUUCAAUGUCAAACAGAAAAAUUAAUGGGACUUAAAAAAGAAGUUGCACAGCAAGAAAAAGAUUUAAAAACACUGUUAACUAGAAUUGAAAUAAUAUUGAGAGAUGGUUACAAAUGUUCAUCAUGUAUGUCUACAUAUACAGAAGAUAAAGAAACUGAAAUAUGUAGUCGCAGUGUCAAUUUUGGGACACAAACAGAUUCCAUACUGAUGGAAAGCAUAUUAUUGGAUAGAGAUGGUUUUCAGGAGGUACAUGAUAAUCACAAAACAAUUCAGCUUUGUGAUAAAAUAUGUCCAAUGUGUGGUGAAACAUUUAGAGAGGACAUUUUAUUUAAUAGAUUUCAAGCCCAUGUAGAAAGUCAUUUUGCUGCUGGAAAAGAAACUGAAGACAGUAAUAGUUAUUUAGAUAUCAAUUGAAUAAUAAGUACUUUGGAAAAAAAACAUUCAAGUUAAGGAAUUUGGUGAUCAAUUUAUCUCCCUUCUUGAAAUCUAUUUAUAGUUAAAUCUUUCUGAUUGAAUGUUUUGAUUUCAUUGUAUUUCAACUUCAAGUUAUUUCUGCGAUAGUUAAAAUUGUUAAUUUCUGUCUAGGAUGUAUGUCUUGAAUUCAUUUGUAUGUGAUUGAUAAAUUCAAUUUAAAUUUGUACCCCAUUAUUCAUAAUAGUCUGCUAACUUAAAGCAUUGCUAAUUCUCAGCCUGUCUUCUUCUAUUGACCUAAGUCAGAAUAAGAAAAAACACUCCUUAGCGGCUGUUUAAAGUUAGUGGACCAUUAUGAAUAAGGGGGCUAGUCUCCAAAUACUUAGAUUAUUAUUUAACCUAUAUCAUUUAGCUUGAAAUUGUAAUCUUACUGAAAUAAUUAUAAUGUAAAAAAAUUGGGCUAACAUCUAAAUUGGCAUAGGUUUUCUAUUACAAAUAAUCUGAUGGGGUAAUAUAAUUAAUUCUUGUGACUCAAUAUAUUGCCUCUACAGAUAUUUGAAUGUAGAGUUACCACAAUGAUAUAUUAAUAACUCAGGUAUUAAAUGAAAUUGAAUUUGUUACAAUCAAGCAAUUUCAAUGAGUGUUAAACAAUAUGAUUGUGCAGUUAUAGGUCUGAUAAAUAAGACUAGCACAUACUAAUAAAAUUACAUCUUCUAUCUGUGAAUAAACAGAUGUGAGAUCACACUUUUUACAAUAUACCUAAAUGUCAAUGUUAAAAAUGAAUUAUUAAAACUUAGGUGCACCAUUUUUGGCCACUUGGUAUGAACAUGCUACUAAAUAUUUAAUGUUAUCUAUACUUAAUAUUAUAAAGCUGUAGUGUUUGUUUGUUUGAACGCGCUAAUCUCUGGUACUACUGGUCUGAUUUGAAUGAUUCUUUCAGUGUUGGGUAGUCCAUUUAUCGAGGAAGGCUAUGUUUUUUUUUUCAAAAUUAGGGAUCCGUAAUAAAAUUGCUAUUUUGUAACUAUUGACAAUAGAACAAAAUGAUGUACAGGCUAUAAUAUAGGCAAUAUUUUAUUACUUAUAAAACUAUCGCGCGAAUUAUACUUUAUAUGGCAAAACAACGUUUGCCGGGUCAUAUGAUAUAUAAGUGUAAAUAACUAGCAGAAUUCUAAUACUAAAUAGUGAUUUGAAUCUAAGUAACUUAUAAACCAAAUUUAAUUAGUCUGCCAAACAAGAUUAUAGCAAUAUUAUUUUAUGUACUUAAGUAUGUCAUUGCUUCAGCCUGUUAUAUAAUAAUUAAUAGUAUUUUAGUUAAUCCAUAAUAAUUUUAUCUUAAUUACUUGAGUAAAAUUAUUCAGAUGUUGGUAAACAUUUGUUAACUUUUAUAUAUGAGCCAAAACAUAAAAUAAUACAUUAAUUAACAUUUUUAAUUAUUUCUAGUUUUAUGGCAUAUAGCAGUUGACACAAUUUUGUACAUAAUAAACUAAUAAUAAUAUGGGUCCAUGCAGUCCCAUUUCCAUUCCUAAAAUUUUUUAAGGUGUAGGUAUUUUUUAAUAUUUAAGUUAGGUAUGUCUAUAAGAAUUAAAGAUAUUUAUUUAAA